AUGACCAUCAAGCUGCGCGUGGCCGACCUGCCGGAAAGCCUCCUGGGGGCGCUGCGUCAGCGGGGCGCCGCCGGAUCGGGGUUGGGUAACGGAUCUGCGGCCUCCGCUGCGGCAGCCAGUGACCCUAGCCGUGGUCGCGGAGAUGGCCGGCGCCACUCGCCAGCAGCGCCCCCGCUUCUCGCCGGCAGCGACCACCGUGCUGCAGUGCAGCGUCCGGGCGAACCCAUGAUGUCGGCCCAGAUGUACGGCGAUAGCGCCUUGGCCGAAGAAGGCUACUCGAACAUUGGGAGAGUCGGCCCGGGAUCGUCCAGGGGUGACGUCAAGGAGAUCGUCGUCAUCCAGAGCCCCAUUUGCGGCCAGGUGUGGGAGAGUCAACGCAUCGACUGCCAUCCCGAAGCGGCCCCGAGCCUCGAGUCGUGCCGAGUACGCGGCUGCUGCUUCGAACCGGUCAACGCGUCCUCUGAGAACUUGGAGCCCGGUUUCCAGCUGCCACCAGCCUGCUUCUACCCGGCCAACUACCUGGGCUACAAGGUAGACUCCAUUCAGCGGUCCCCGACGAGAAUCGUGGCGCGUGCCAUACGCGUCACACCAUCCGGGCUUCCGGACGACCUGCGAACCAUCCAGGUGGAAGUGACCAACUACAACGACAACACUGCCCGCAUCAGGGUGUACGACUCGAGGUCUGCGCGGUACGAAGUGCCCCUGCCUAACGUACCACAGAAGGACCACUACUUUCCUGUGAUGUACGAGACCUCGGUUAACCCGGCCGGAGACCUCGAGAUCAUCCGGCCCGCGUCUAGGAAAGUUGUAUUCCACACAAACCUGUCAACACUGGUGUUCGCGGACCAGUUUCUUCAGAUGUCCACAUACAUUCCGUCACGUUACGUUUACGGGGUCGGAGAUGUGAAGUCACCGCUGCUGCGAAGUACGGACUGGCAGAAGAUCACCCUUUUCAACGCCGGGAGGUCGCCCAUGGAGGGCAAGAACUUGUACAGCAGCCACCCGUUUAUGCUGGUUCACGAGGAAACGGGUGAGAGCUGUGGAAUCUUUCUGCUCAACAGCAACGCCAUGGACAUCCUGCUCAAGCCGAGCCCCUCGGUGACUUUCCGCACGACCGGUGGGAUUCUGGACGUGUUCGUGUUUCUGGGUCCCACGCCGUCCGAAGUUGUGCAGCAGUACACGGCCCUGGUGGGUCGGCCCGCCAUGCCUCCGUACUGGGCACUGGGUUUCCACCUAAGCCGCUGGGGCUACGCCAACAUCGACGAGGUCAAGGAGACGAGACGCCGCAACCUACGAGUUGGCAUCCCCGUCGAGGCCGUGUGGUUAGACGCUGAAUACAUGGAGGGUCUACGACCGUUCACAUACGAUAAGGUCCGCUUCGCCGGGCUCCCCGAGUUUGCUCAGGACCUGCACAAGCGAGAUAUGAAGUUUGUCCUCACGCUGCAUCCCGGAAUAGACGCGAACAUGGAGAGUGGCUCGUACCUUCCCUUCGACGAGGGCCACAAGGCAGCCGUGUUCGUGAGAUCGGAAGCCGGUGAUUACAACUACGGCAUGGUGGGCAAUCGGAGUCGACUCGUGUAUCCAGACUUCACGCAUCCGGCGAGCGGCGAGUACUGGACAAAGAUGCUGUCCUACUUCCACGACGUGGUGCCGUUCGAUGGACUAUGGCUGGACCUGAACGAGCCUUCAAGCCUGUACAACGGCUCCGAGCGCGGAUGCCCAGCUUCGACGCUCGAAGAACCACCGUACUUACCCGGGGAGGGACACGAGGCGCUACGCACCAAGACGCUGUGCAUGACAGGUCGCCACUACCUGUCCAGGCACUACAACCUGCACAACCUGUAUGGACUGAUGGAGGCGCUGCGCACAUACGACUCCUUGCGCCAGAUCCUGCUGCGGAGACCGUUCAUCAUUUCGCGGUCUACAUUUUCGGGUCAGGGCCGUUACUCGGGCCACUGGAGCGGCGACAUCGAGUCUGACUGGGAUGCCAUGCGAUCUUCCCUUGCAUCGAUGCUGACGUUCAACAUUCUCGGCGUUCCCUUGACCGGUUCGGAUAUCUGUGGCUUCUGGGACAACACGACCAGCGAGCUUUGCAACCGUUGGCACGCUCUGGGCGCCUUCUACCCAUUCGCAAGGAACCACAACGCCAAAGGGAACCUCGACCAAGACCCCGCCGCUAUGGGAGGGGCCGUGGCCGCCACCGCCAAGAAGACCCUGAAGAUCCGCUACUGCUUCCUGCCCUACCUCUACACCUUGUUCUACCGUAGCCACGUGUUCGGCGAGACGGUUGCCCGACCUCUGUUCUUCGAGUUCCCAAAGGAUGUCAACACGUAUGCCGUGGACACGCAGUUCUUGUGGGGCAGCGCCCUCCUGGUCCUUCCCAUCCUGGAGCCGAACUCAACGAGCGUGAAGCCUUACCUCCCCCGCGGCAUCUGGUACGACGUUAUGCUGGGCCUGCCCUACCACAGCGCCGGCGAAGACUUCCAGAUGUCGCCACUCAACGACUCCAUCUGCCUGCUCAUUCGCGGUGGUCACGUGGUACCCUCACAGGAACCGGCGCAGACCACUGCCGCCAGUCGACUCAAGCCGUUCAACCUCCUCGUGGCUCAAGACCAGGACAGUCUGGCGACGGGCGAGCUCUACUGGGACGACGGGGAGUAUGUCGGUUCAUACGAAAAGGGAGAGUACAGCCUCAUCAAGUUCGUCGCAGUCAAGAACACGGUGGUGAGCAUGUGCGUGCACUGCGGCUACGACAGCAUCAUGCUGCUGAACGCCGUCACCGUGUACGGAGUGACGGAGAAGCCUCGGGAGGUGCACUUUAACAGGCUGCCGACCAACUUCACCUACAACCCGGCAGGACAG